AGGACUUGGUUUCUUCAAGGCCUGGUCAUCCCUGCACCGACUUUUCCUGGACUUGGAUACCCCAGGACAAAGGACCUACAGAGCAGGGCGGGCGUCUAGCUUUCACAAAGCCAAAGCCACGGAAGGAAGAGAGCUGCCACUGAUGAAAGGAGUUGGUGCAGUUUGUGGUUUUGUGACACAGGGUCCCUCGUAACCCGAGUUUGGCCUUGAGCUUGGGAUCCUCCUGCCUCCAGCUCCCAAGCUCUGGGAUCACAGGUUCCUCAUGACUUCUCUUGCGGACCAUGCCCAUGAUCUUUUUUGCCAGCGUAGUACGGGUGAGGGAUGGACUGCCCCUCUCGGCCUCCACUGACUUUUACCACGCCCAGGAGUUUCUGGAAUGCAGGAGGCAGCUCAAGGCCUUAGCCCGGAGGCUGGCUCAGUAUCCAGGCCGAGGUUCUGCAGAAAGCCGUGACCUCCACAUCUAUUUUUCGUCAUCGGGGGAUGUGGCCUGUAUGGCUAUCUGCUCACACCAGUGCCCAGCAGCCAUGGCCUUCUGCUUCCUGGAGACUCUGUGGUGGGACUUCACGGCUUCCUAUGGCACCACGUGCAUUGGCCUGGCCUCCCGGCCCUACGCUUUUCUCGAGUUCGACAGUGUCAUUCAGAAAACAAAGUGGCAUUUUAACCACAUGAGUUCCUCCCAGAUGAAGAGUGGCUUAGAAAAGAUUCAGGAGGAGCUUGAGUUCCAGCCUCCAGCAGUUCUGUCCCUGGAGGGCACAGAUGUGACAAAUGGCGUGCUGAACGGCCACACCCCAGUGUACUCUGAGCCUGCUCCGAAUCUCCGGAUGGAGCCGGUGACAGCGCUGGGUGUCCUCUCCCUUGUCCUCAACAUCAUGUGUGCUGCCCUGAACCUCAUCCGUGGAGUUCACCUCGCAGAGCACUCUUUACAGGUUGCCCAGGAAGAAGUUGGAAACAUCCUGGCCUUCUUUAUUCCUUCUGUGGCCUGCAUGGUCCAGUGUUACCUGUACCUGUUCUACAGUCCAGCAAGGACUCUGAAGGUGGUGCUGAUGCUGGCCUUCAUCUGCCUGGGCAAUGUGUACCUGCAUGGGUUGAGGAACACCUGGCAGAUCCUCUUCCACAUCGGAGUGGCUUUUCUGUCUUCGUAUCAGAUCCUGACCAGACAGCUGCAGGAGAGGCAGUCUGACUAUGGAGUGUGAGGACAGCAUCAUGCAGUGAUGCCUUUGAUUUUUUCCCCCUGGAAGGCCAGUCUGUUUCCACUCCUGCUUCUCAACUUCACCUCAAAUCUCCAUCCUUGAAGCUCAUGGGUGCAGCGGAGGACCCAGGGCUGCUGGUUGCAGUCUUGGUCUGCGUGGAACAUUUGUGCAGAACUGCCAGCCGAGCACAGGACGGGGCGGCCGAAGCUGGAGCUUGCUCAGAGAGCAUCUCUGAUGGUCAGAGUAGCAAUGUUUUGGUCUCCCGAAUGGAAUGAUGCUGCAAACGGCUAGGUUCCAUGAUGGUAGUUUUAGUCAUUGGCGGGUGUCUGCUGAAGUCUGUUUGCAGUUUCAGUGUGACUCCAGCUGUCCUCAGAGUGUCAGUUCAGGGUGAAUAUGCUUCAUACAUAUAAGCUAGGUAAAUUUUGUUUACAUUUUUGAUAACUUGGGUUCCAUAUACUUUUGGAAUAUUUAAAUAUAUUUUGGAUAUAAAUUGAAGCUCAUUUAGAACAAAGGCAAACUUAGACUGAGGAAAUGCUAAGGAAAUCCGAGUUUAUUUAAUUUACAGAGACCUUUUAUGGUAAUGGGACUGUUAUGGUGGGAUACAGAUGUGGUUGAUAUCUAUUUUCAGGGUCUAGCUGAAGGUCUCUGAAUUAAUAACCAAUGUUACUGGGUCACAAGCACAUGGGCGUGAGCAGACAUGAGAGCGUCGGGGUGAGUGGGAAAUGCUGGGGCUCAGAGGUCUUUGAUAUAACUAGGGAGAGGCUUCUGUCAUCAGGCGCUGCGUGGCAGCUGAGUGCCUGUCAUGGCGGCAUUGCUGGAGACGUGGUCUUGUGAACCUCCUGGAGAGGCCUCCCCUGAGCAUCUCGGUUAGACCAAGGGCCUCACUGUUCUGUGGACAGGCGUUAAGUAGGCAUCAGCGCAGUAAAGCUUGGUGUGACUGACAUGCGCGUUGCAAAGCUGCAGAGGUGUCUGGUGGCACUCAGGAAGCCAUGCUGGGGUUCACCCCUCUGACUUCUUCUUGGAAUAAUGCACCCACAGCUGUGUGGGCUGACCUGUAUGGUUCCAUAGUUGGUAAAUCCUGUACUGAUCGUUUUUUAAAGGAGAAAGCCAUCCCCAGGGUUACUAGGAGUAGGGCAGACAGGAGUGUAGGGUUAGAGCUCUUUUGUUUGGAUGUCCCUAGUACCGUGUGUUGGUGAGCCACCAGGUGUCAUUUUAGGAGAAAGCGUCCGUGACUCAGAACUGGGUUAGGAAAGUAUUGCCAUUGUGAUUUUGUUUCCUUAGAGAAUUUUCUGUUUUUAGUCAAAUCUUUAAUGUCUGGGUUUGAAUUCAUAAUGGGAACAUCCUUGGGCAUGAAUUUCAACCUUGUGCCUUUGUUGAUUUCAUACCUAUGUGAUUUUGUAUAUACUGUGCAGGCAAAUGCUCACUCUUCUGAGAGACUUUUGAAGUGGCCAAAGAAGAAGCCAGAGGGAGGAGAAAAUUCUUUUAAUUCAAAGCACACACUCAAAAAAAAAUUUAAGUAAGUUAAAAAAGAUCAGCCUGAAAAUGUAUUGUUUUCCUCGUAAGCCUGUGUGGUAUUGUGUUGCCUGUGUCUGGAGACCACACACUCGAGGGUCUGAGCCUGUGGUUGUCAGUUCACAGGGGUAACGAAGCGGUCCCUGAGGGUGAGCCCUUGCUAGAGACACUUCGUAGAUGCUAGUGAGGGUGUUAUCCACACUUGGCUGACACAGCUUGUGAGAUGCUAGUGAGGGUGUUAUCCACACUUGGUUGACACAGCUUGUGAGUUAUCAUCUAGACAGGGUUCCAGACUGUCAUAAAUGGAAGGAAAAGGUGUCCUCGAGGGAAACAGGAAAUAGAGAACCUUUAACCGGAAUCUAGCCAAGAAGCCUCCCCUCCCUGGAGGAAGGGACCGGUGACAGGAAAGGAGCUCCAGGGAAACCCCAGGCUUUGGGCUGACUUGUUCAAGCCUAAAUGGUGGUAGCCCCCAUGGGAUGUUUGAUGCCAGGAAGCUGCUCCCUCGGCAGGAGUGCUCCUCUGUCCACCGUGCACUGGCUGCUGCUCCGGCUUCUUCAGGUGAGCGGUUAGGUGGUGCUGCCCAGCUGGCUCACAUGAAACGGUGUUGAAACAGCCUCAGGAGCUUUCCGGUCCAGGUGCUCACAGACUUGGGCUUCUGCAAGUGCCGGUCUCUGCUGGUGUCUGGGUGGGAGUGGCCCGGCAGAAAGCACAUGAUUUGGGUUGCUUUUCCCUCAGUGAUCCUUAUCUUGACGGGGACUGUACCUGACUUUCCUUUUUCUAGGUGGAGACAGCUGGACCAUCUAGGGUCAAGUUUCCUCUCAGUCCCAGAUGCCUCACUGACUCAUGCCUGUGGUUCUUGCUGUCCAUGAACCCUGUUGACAUGCAUUGUGGGCUUUUCCCUUGACCCCCCUUUCUUUCCUAGCCGCCAUGAAUUCCCUCUCCCCUGCCUGCUUCCACUCUGCCUCCUACAUUCCUGUCUCCAGAGAGAGGUACAGGCUGGAGUCUGUGGAGAGACAGGAAUCAUGACGGAAAGGGAGCCGGCUUUGCAGUCUCACCCUCUGCCCCACCGUGGCUCAGCACUCAGGAGAAACAAUUCUUUGGCUGUCAGCCCUGAUGGGGGCUAGGGCAAUAGCCAGCAGACCCACGAAUGUGGCUGUUUGGAGCAUAGGAAACAGGGUACGAGGGCCGAGCUUCUGUCCACACCCAUGCUGUGCUGAUCCUUGAAGGAGCCGCCUGCUAUUGUAAUACCAACAAAGCCCCUUCAAUCUCUUCCACGUGUUUGACAAUGAAUGACACACGAGAGAGGCCGGGCAUGGUCAGGAGAGCACACACACACACACACACACACACACACACACACACACACACACACGAGAGAGAGAGAGAGAGGUCGGGCAUGGUCAGGAUGCUCAGGUCUGGGGCCGUUCUGCCUGUGUGCUGUGAGAGCCAAGAAUGGUGGAGGAAGGAAGAGAAACCAGGUGUGCCCUGGAGAGAUGAAGUAAGGGAAGGGUCUCACAGGUCAGCCGCCCCAGUGGCCUGGAGACUUCUGCUCAGUCCUGGUCACAGUGGAAGUCCCUGCCUGCCGUCUCAGCGUCUUCACCUGCAGGAGGACAGGAACACCAGUUUGCAAUCCUUGUAUGCUCCUGUGAGAAUUGCAGGUGGCCACAGGGUGGAUUGUCAUAGAGAAAGAGAAGGGUUGUGAGAUCGCUGGGUGUGUGCAGCAGACAGCAGACCUCACCUGUGUUCAAGCAUUCACAAGGUGGCAUUUUCUGCUGCUGCAGAUGGAGGCUCCAUGCCUUCAUUCCAGAAAGGAAGUGGCUCCUUUCUCCCUUACCUGCUUCUGGGUUUUUGUGUAUGGAUCGUCGUCAUCAUCACUAGACCUGCUUUAGGAUCCAGGAAUCUGGUCUGUAGACUGAUCAGACUUGAGUGUCUGUCUCCAGUCUCAACCA